AGGAUAUACAACGCAGAUAUAUACGUAGGUAUUCGUAUACGGGAGACCGGUCAGGUGUAUAUCUUGUCGGCGGAUACUUCGGGCUUUUGGGCUUUUCUUACUUCGCAAUUAAGCUCUUAUUACCCGACUCCGACUGUGAUAACAGAUCGUGAUUUAGAGAAAACCAGGGAGGAGACAGUGUUCAGGGAGCAACGAUAG